AUGGGAGUGAGCGACGAGCAAGACGACCCUCUGAGCAAGUCCCGGGCACGCAGCUCUAACGGAUGUUGGACCUGCCGCGUUCGGCGGAAGAAGUGUGACGAGAAGCCGGGGAAAUGCACACCUUGCGCUUCGCUUAGAUUAAAGUGCGAUGGCUAUGGGCCAAGACCUGUCUGGAUGGAUGGUGGGAUCCGAGAAAAGCACAAAGUAGAAGAGUUGAAGGCACGGAUUCGGCGAGGUCGAAAGCGGAGCCGCAAUGCGGCAAAGCAGCCACCGCAGCCUCGUCCGGCGCACCGUCAUCCGCAUGGCAAAGAUAAAAAUCCUGCUGCUUCUAUUGGACAGACGACACUUCGAGACGAGCCGUUUCUGAAACUGUGGGAUGGCGAAGGACCCGGCGCAUCUGCUGAUGCCGAAGGCUUGUCACUGCUUGGGACGUCUUGGCCCGAGUGGUAUGACCCCACGCCCAGAGUAAAUGACAUUUUCCUGGAGGACGACGCUUUCAGGGCUGUGUUGGAUUUCAAUCGACAAUCUAUGGGUCACGCUGGCGAAGAUGGCCCUUGCGAGUGCAUUCGAGACGUCGCUGCAGCCAAGUCAUCAGCAUUGCCCAUUUCUGACUCUGAGGGACCAAGCCUUGUGCCCGAGGAUUCGACUCUAGGCGAUACCAUGAGCUGGUCUUAUGAGACUGAUCAGCCGCAGCCCGGGCGAGUUGGAUUCGACCAAAACUUGUCCAAUUCUGCCACCAACGGAAUUGAAGAGUCUUAUUCCCUACCGUCUCUUGACUGGAACAACUACUCAGUCUCUGAUUCCGUCGAUGCUUGCGAGCCAUUAUCUACAAUGCGACUACCAGAUGAGCCUAUUCAGCACACUACAGCGUCGAUAACUCCCAGCGUAGCUCAAAGACCUGACGAAACCGCUCCCGCUCUCCGGUUUCUCACCAACCUUGUACUCCCAAAUCAGUUUCCACACGCGGAUCAUGCACUGCUCCUGCGACUACGAGAAACCAUACUUUCUCCCCAAGAAUCGAUCAAGAAAUACGUCCAUACCACUGUUACAAAAUAUUCUGAACGCCUAGAGUCACAAAGGCUAGCGAGAUUUGGACUUCGAUCAUCCUCAAAUCAGACCGUCAAAUCCACAGAGUUUGAUUUGGAAACGCUCAUAGGACUUCUCUCCACGAUAGCUGUCGCGACCGAUAAUACUGCCGAGAAACAGGAUAUUGAACAGUUGAACAGGGUUCUUGCUCACCAAUUGCUCUUUCAGGUAGAGGAAACCCCGACACCCCAACAUGUGCUUGGUGACAUUGCGAACCAAAUGUCCAGCAUUGCUAGCUCAGAGCCAGACAGCUCAGCAACAAAGACGUCUUUUGGCGUUCUGGUCGCUCUCGAUGUUAUCGGUUCUGCAACCUGUGGGAGACCUCUCCAAGCUUGGCCGUUUUCCUGUAGUGUGGCGCUUGUGGAUUCGUCUCUAUUCGAAAUGACAGGAUGCCAGCCAUGGGUGUUUCAAAAGAUCUUGGACAUCACCAAUCUUCGAUCCUGGAAGUUGAGCGCAGUGGCAGCAGGCUCCCUGAAUGUCACAGAACUUGCCGACAGGGCUUCGGCAAUUGAGCAGAGUAUUCUGGAGCAGCUUCGUGCCGUGACAAAGUCCCACCAGGACAUCUGCUCCACGCAAAUCACCGAAGUAUAUGCACAUGUCGCCGAAGUAUUUCUCCACACUACGACUUCUGGGGCACAUCCCGAUGUCUCGAACAUCCGUGGUGCUGUGGCCGAUACUAUCGCCGCAAUUGAACGUCUGGGCCGUGCACAGCUCCUUUGGAGUCUGGCGUGGCCAAUAUGCGUGGCUGGGUGCAUGGCAGGGGAUGAGUAUGACAACUUCUUUGCUGGUAUCGAAGACGGGGCGUGGGGUGAUGUUGAUUACACUCUCAAACUGAGGAGGGCACUAAGCGUGGUGAGGGAAUGUCGCCGUCUGCGAAGAAAAAGCCCUCCCGGGGCGAGCAUGCAACAGCGUCGGGGAUACGACUGGUUUGAUGCUAUGCAAAGUCUGGGCAAGGAUUGGAACUUGCUGUAG